AUGGGGCCACAAGCCAAAAAACGCAAGUUGACCCCCAAGGUCGAAGAGAUCAAUUUCGACCCUGCCGAUCGGCAGGAAUUCCUCACAGGAUUUCGAAAGAGAAAACAGCAGCGGAUACGGCAUGCACAGGAACUUGCAGCAAAGAGAGCCCGAGAGGAGAAAAGGCUAGAACGGAAGAAGAUCCGUGAAGAGAGAGCCACAGAAUAUGAGCGGGCACUUGAAGAGCAUCGGAGGCAGCUCGAAAUGCUGAGGAAACAAAAUGGCGACAGUGACGAAGAAACAAAUUCCAGCAAUGGGGAUGUAGACGAGCAGGAUGAAUGGGAAGGAUUCGCUGAGCCUCCUGCAGUUGACUACGAAGCCGAAUAUAUCGAUGAAGACAAAUAUACCACCGUUACUGUCGAAGAGAUGGAUGCCUCCAGAGAAGGCUUACUCAGGGCGGAGGAGGGCGACAAGGCAGACGAGGAUGAGGACGAGCAAACGAAACGAAGGUCGGAAGCCGAUGUCAAAUCCACAACCACAAAAUCAGCCGAGAAGAAAACGAAGGAGAACAACAAGCCGAAAAAGAAGAAAAAGAAGUUCCGAUACGAAAGUAAGGAGGAGCGCAAAGUUACUCUUAUGAAGCAGCGGCAAGCCAAAUCGAGAAAGGCCAAGGCUCGACGAGAACGAGAAUAG